AUGCUGAAGCCUGUGCGCACUGAGCUCAGCACGUCUAGGCUUCGCGGACCUCUCCGCAAGCAGUGGAAGCGCUCCCGCUCCUUGCGGAGAGUUGCCUGCAUGCUGAAGCCUGCGCACGCUGAGCUCAGCGCGUCCAGGCUUCGCAGACCUCUCCGCAAGCAGUGGAAGCGCUCCCGCUGCUUGCGGAGAGUUGCCUGCAUGCUGAAGCCUGCGCGCGCUGAGCUCAGCGCGUCUAGGCUUUGCGGACUUCUCCGCAAGCAGUGGAAGUGCUCCCGCUCCUUGCGGAGAGUUGCCUGCAUGCUGAAGCCUGCGCGCGCUGAGCUCAGCGCGUCUAGGCUUCGCGGACCUCUCUGCAAGCAGUGGAAGCGCUCCCCCUCCUUGCGGAGAGUUGCCUGCAUGCUGAAGCCUGCCCGCGCUGAGCUCAGCGCGUCCAGGCUUCGCGGACCUCUCAGCAAGCAGCGGGAGCCAGCGCUGGGCUCCCACGGCUUGCAGAGAGCUCCAUGUUUGGGGGCUGGGGUCCGCCCCAGCCCCGUGCCUGGGGGGGAAAUAAUUUAUUUCCCUUUAUUUCCCCCCCAAAAAACUAGGUGCGCCUUAUGGGACGGUGCGUCCUAUAGGGCGAAAAAUACGGUAGUUACGUUUCAAAUACUGGUGGCAUUUAGCGUUUAGAAAUAUAGCACGCAUCGCUGAAUAGUUUUUACAUGCGGUUCCUGUGUGCCUAUUAUUUUAUAACCCCUGGGCUAUAUCCAAGAAACCCUAUCCAACCCUGAAAGGAUGUUGUUCCAGUUAACAUCGGAGUGCAAAUCGAAACAUAUCCUCAAAGCUCCCGGGGAGAUAGAAGCGAGGGAAGUGAGAUAAAGGAAGGCAGAUCAACAUCCUGCCCAAGGCCUAGUUGCGAGGCGAUAGAAAUGUGGCAUUUGAGACCAUAAUUGCAAGGGAGCAGAAGGCCGUAAGGAGCCAUACACCGGUUUACCAACCCAUGACCUGCAACCUCUUGGUGUAUGAAGGAUGUUUAAGAAUGAUGUUUUUAUGAUGUGCUACGCCUAGAAAAAAAGAAACCCUUGUUCUGAUGCUCCUGGCGGCAGACCUUCUUUCUUAACUGGCUAGAACAAGCUCCUUAGGUCCCUCCUGGAUGCUGGAAUUUAAUACAUUUCCUUGGCUCCUUCCACGUAGUAUAUUCAUCACCACCCCAUUUCCUUUCUGACUAAAACAAAUCUUACCUUUUUAUCAAAUUUAAUAAAUAAAAAUAGGGGCUACUGGUUUGCUUCAUUUACUGGUUUGCUUUCACUUGUUUUAGGACGUGGUGUGUGGGUUUUUUGCAUUUCCGUGUUGCACUUUUACCCUUGUGAGCCGCCCUGUGGUACACACAAACCCCAUAUAUAUAUAUAUAUAUAUAUAUAUAUAUAUAUAUAAAGGUAAAGGACCCCUGACAGUUGUCCAGUCGCAGACAACUCUGGGGUUGCAGCGCUCAUCUCGCUUUACAGGCUGAGGGAGCCGGCGUUUGUCCGCAGACAGUUUUUCCGGGUCAUAUAUGUAUAAUAUAUAAUUGUUGUUUAGUCGUGUCUGACUCUUCAUGACCCCAUGGACCAGAGCACACUAGGCACUCCUGUCUUCUACUGCCUCCUGCAGUUUGGUCAGACUCAAGUCGGUAGCUUCGAGAACACUGUCCCACCAUCUCGUCCUCUGUUGUCCCCUUCUCCUUGUGCCCUCCAUCUUUCCCAACAUCAGGGUCUUUUCCAGGGAGUCUUCUCUUCUCGUGAGGUGGCCAAAGUCUUGGAGCCUCAGCUUCAGGAUCUGUCCUUCCAGUGAGCACUCAGGGCUGAUUUCCUUCAGAAUGAAUAGGUUUGAUCUUCUUGCAGUCCAUGGGACUCUCAAGAGUCUCCUCCAGCACCAUAAUUCAAAAGCAUCAAUUCUUCGGUGAUCAGCCUUCUUUAUGGUCCAGCUCUCACUUCCAUACAUCACUACUGGGGAAACCAUGGCUUUCACUAUACGGACCUUUGUCAGCAAGGUGAUAUCUCUACUUUUUAAGAUGCUGUCUAGGUUUGUCAUUUUCUCCCAAGGAGCAGGCGUCUUUUAAUUUCGUGACUGCUGUCACCAUCUGCAGUGAUCAUGGAGCCCAAGAAAGUAAAAUCUCUCACUGCCUCCAUUUCUUCCCCUUCCAGGAGGUGAUGGGACCAGCGGCCAUGAUCUUCGUUUUUUUGAUGUUGAGCUUCAGGCCAUAUUUUGCGCUCUCCUCUUUCCCCCUCAUUAAGAGGUUCUUUAAUUCCUCCUCACUUUCUGCCAUCAAGGUUGUGUCAUCUGAUAAUACUGUAAUACAAUUCGGUUGCUUGGCCUUCCAAGGCGUCUAAAGCACUAGCAGCUUCCUUUCGCGUAGUAUAUUCACACACACACACACACACACACACACCCUUAAAAAAAGAACAAAACAUUUUAGCAACUAAAAUGAAUUUAUUGUACUCUCGGUGCCUGAAGCACCCGCUUCCCGCCAUUAUCUCCGCGGGGCCUCUGAGGCGUUUCUGAGGCGAUUCUCUCUCCCCCCCUCCCCCUCUUCGCUUUUCCUUUUCCCGCCGCGCCCUCCCCUUCGGGCGUUUCCGUGAGGGGCGGCUCGGCUCUUUCCGUGCGCCUGAGAGCGGGAGGGGGCGAGCGGGGGGAGACGGAGCGAGGAGAGCCGAGGCAGGCUCGGCGGCGGCGGCGCUUGCUCUGUCUCUUUCUCUCUCUCAGAGUUCCCCCCUCCCUCUCUCUCUCCCUCCCUCCCUCCCUCUCUCUCUCUCUCCCUCAGUCGGCCGCUGCCCGCCCGCCCGCCCGCCCGCCCGCCCGCCUGCCUGUCGCCGGGGCUGGGAGAGCCUGGGAGAGAGAGCGAGCGCGCGCGUGUGUGUGUGUUAUGUGAGUGACGCGGCGGAGGUGUAGUUUGACGCGGUGUGUUACGUGGGGGAGAGAAUAAAACUGCGGCGAGAGCCUAGGCGCGAACGAAAGCAGUGACGGAGCAGCCUGCAGCCGGUAAGAGGAGAAAAGCAAAGGAAAGCCAGGAAGGGACGAGAGAGAGAGAGAGAAAAAAAGAGAGAGAGCAGGAGAGGAAAGAACCAAGAGGAGGAGGAAAAAAAACACAACCAACCCCCGCGCGCGCACACACACAGGGAGGGGGGUCGGCCAUGGGGCGGCUGAGGCGGGGUGGUUUGGCGGGCGGGAGUCGGUGGGACGGAGGGGAGCCCUCGGGUGGGAGAGAGAGAGAAGCGAGGCCUGGCCUCGCUCCGCGGGAGGGGCGCCCGCUUCUUCGCCGCCCUUCUUUCUUUUUUUCCGUUUUGUUUCUCUCUUUCUCUCCCCCCCCCUCACUUCUCCGGCCCCAUAGAAUUCGAAAUGGAAGCGGGCCUUCUCUCGCCCUCUCCCCACAGAUCGCCCCCCUCACGCGACCUGCUGUUCCCGCCUCGCCGAACCCGGCCGCAACCGCCACGAACAAAGAAUAAUGGCGGAUGGAGGCGGCCGGGCAAGGCUGGCGGCGGCGGCGGGAAAGACGGCGCCGCUGCUGCGCUUCCACCUUGUGGGGGGGGGCAACAUAAGACAUCCCCCCCCGACCUCUACUGCCGUUGGGGGUGGGGAGAAAGGGCCUCAGGAGAGCUUCCCCCCUCCAUAUACUUUUCGUUUUAGUAGGUAGCCCUCCCCGUUGUGGUGGUUUCCCCCCCGCCCCCGUGAGGUGCCUUAAGUCGUUAUUUGGCAAAGGCGCGCAAAAAAAUUCAAACCGGAUCGCCCCCCUACAAACAGGCAUUCGUGAGGGAUGGGGGGCGGCGGGGGGGGGGAGACACGCGGCGCGCGCUUAUUUCACAGCCCUACGGAAAAUAGGGAAGCUCCCGCCGCCUGCUGCCUCCCUCCUUCCCCAGGCGCCGCGUUGGGGCGCUUUUGCCCCUGGGGCGGGCGAGGUAGACCUGAAGGGUGCGAAACACACACACACACACACGUGUUUUAUUUUCCCUUUGUGGAGAGCAGACGGUGGUGCCGAUGCCUCCCUCUUCCCUGGUUCCUCUCCUCUCUCAGCCUCCAGCUAAAUAUCUCCUGGGUCCCGCAACAGACACAUUUUGCUUUCCCGCCCCUCCGUGGGCAAGGCAAGUUCCAGAUGUUUGAACCCGCAGCCCUUGGGGUCCAACCCGGGUUGCUCUCCGCAGCUAGAUAGCUGAUUUGGCAGGACCGCCCCUUGAAAAAGGAAAAAAGAACGUUGUUGUUCUAUUACGGAAAGCACAGCUUUAAAAGUUGUGCUUGAGCAGUGCUCUUGAGGUUGCAAGGCCUUCCGAGUUCCUUUUUAAUAAAAGUAUUUUGGAUCAAAACUGUAUUCCUGAACACUUUGUUUUCCUCUCAGCUCUGUGCCUAGAAUGAUACAAUGAAAGCCUGGGCCCACUGAAAACAAAGUUCCUAUCGGCUUCGGGGACACCGGGUUUAAUCCUGGCGCCCCAAUUCCACUGUUUUGCAGUUCAUUUGUUCAGUACUGUAAUGCAUGGCGACUGCUUAUGAAGAGAGGUGUAUAAAUAAAGCUAUUCUGGCAUUAAUAACUAUAAGUAGAGUAAUACAUACAUUUUAUUACAGCAUCUGGUUGCAGGGCACUUGGCAAACUGAUGGAAGACCAAGGGGUUGGUCAUUUAAAAUGUGGAUUUUGAGCUGGGGUUUGAAGUUUUGAGACAUUUGGGUGAUACUAGUAUAUGAUGCAUGACAGAGUAGGCCCAAUUGGAAUGUCUAAAUUUUGCAGCAGUAAUCUCCAUCCUUGUUGGUUUUCAGGGAAAUGGACUUGAUACUGAAAAUACCCUAAAUGAGGCUGAUAUGACUUCAUGAAAAUGUAGGGAGGCUUGCAUCACACUUAUAUACAGUUGUAUAUAACAUUAUUUCCCAUACUGAAAAGUGAAUUUCAUCGCAGGUGUUGAGUAGCAAGUCUUAAUCUAGGUCUCACUGUGAUGUUUGCAAGCAUUGUCCCUGUUUGCACUCCCUAACAUACUUCAUACCCAGGCAACCGUAUUUCAGUGACCACCUCAUGACUGGUUUUGUUUAUUCUAUUUCUUCCUUUUUUAAGUAUAGAAAUUCUCAAUUUUCUUGCAUGUACUUAUUUAGGUUCUUUAGUUUGUAUCCAAAUGCAACUAUUUUGUAUCUUGCGGGGGGGGGAUAAUAAUAACUUGCGUAAUCAACAAUAAGAUCUUUUUUUUUUAAUGCAACCUAGAGUCUUUGUGGUUCUAAAAAACCUAAUAGUUAUUACAACAUACUAUUUUUGGGCUAGAACCUACUUACAUUAUAGAUGCCAUGGACUGUUGCCAGUGAUGGAGUGAAAAGUUCAUGCAAGUCAGGGCACAUGAUUUUCAAUGAGCCCUGGUAGUUUGGGUCCCUCUGGAACAGAAAAGGAUAUGAUACGGUAGUAUAGGAAGCUGCCUUAUACAGAGUUAAACCACUGGUGUAUCUAGCUCUGUUCUGUCCAUGCUUCCUUACAGUGGCUAUCAAAGGUUUCAGAUGGGAGUUUCCCAAUAAUUUCAGGGGAUUGCAGCUGGGAUCUUCUGCAUAGAAGGUAGAUCCUGUACAACUGAGCUACAGCUACAGCUCAGUGGGAGGACGAAGAGAAAACCAAGUGUCCCAGUUUGUGCGCAGAAGCAUUUCCACCAUUGGAUGCAACUCAUGAAGUGUUACCCUCAAUUGACAACUGGAUACAUACGGGGGAGGGGGGGACACCAUAUAUAAACAGCCAUGAAAUGAAAGAGGUACAGUCACUGACUCUCUUAAGAAAAACAAACCUUAUUUUCUCCUUUCCCUCCACAGUUUAUGUCGGUCCCUUAGCGCUAAGGUAGAAAUUUGUCAGGAAAAUGCUGUGCCAGGUUUUUUGUUUUUUUUUUAAGAAAUUAGGCACACAGUGUAACAGUAGGAAGAAACUACUUGUCUGUGUGUCACCAAGAAAGGGGAGUUGGCUGUGGACCCAUACAUCAUACAUUUAAAGCAAAGAAUCCUGGGAACUGCAGUUUACCAGAUCUACACUUCCCAGGAUUUUUUGGGGGGGGGUGAUUUAGCUGUAUGGUGUGUACACAGCCUUAGCUUGUCUUAGCUUCAGACCAUGUGGUUCUUCUCUAAAGUAGAUCUGUAAAGUAUGCAUGUAUUGGGGAUUAUCUUGCAUCAUUUAUAUCUAACCUGGCUUGCUUUGGUUCCGUUUGUAGGGAUGGCUCAUAUACUAAGCACCAUAUACCCAGGAUGCAUUUAGUAACAGUAUUCUUCACAAUGCAAACCAAUUCGUUUGUUUUACAUUCUUCCCUGAUGAGAUCCAUGGAGAACUGGAUUAUGUGCUAUGUCUAACAAGUAUUUGACCCCCUAAAAUGCAUCUUAAAACAAUUUUGUUUGCCAGUAUGGUAGUGAUGGGAAGUCCUUCAUAUCACCUAGUUCUAUACGUAUCUCAUCACAGAAUGACCAUUUCUUUGUGCAGUUGCUCAUAGUGCUAGUUUUUCAUUGGAUUUCCCCUUUUGCAAGCCAUGAGUUGUCUUAAGCUUGUUUUUACUGUAGGAAAACUAGCACUGAAAAGCCUUGGAAGGAUAAGGUGGGUGGGGAAUUAUAUUCUGGGAUAUGAGGAAUUACUGCAGAAAAUAUGAACCGGUGUUAUAUUGCAUCAUUUCCCCUCGUGUUGCAGCAGGACUGUAAUGGACCACUGGGUUUUCACAUCUUACAAAUGAAUGGAGCUCUUUUCACAUCUUACGUUUAUUUUGUCACGUAUUAUGUUGCUGGUUAACACUUUUGCUUUCUGUGCAAUAUCAAGGUGAAGUAAUUAUUAAAUGUAGCACUUUAGUCAUGCACAGCAAUAGUUGUUCAACCUCUUGCUGGAAAACCUGAUUUACGCGCCCUUUGACUGCCUUAUCUCCUAGUCUGGAUUUCCAAGGUGUCUUAAAGGACUUCAGGGAUCCCUUCUUUUGACUCAUGCCACUUCCUACAAAUCCCGCUUCAUGUCUGACAAAUCCAGAAUCCUUCCAAGGCACCCUUUUCAGUUUGAAAUCAAUCCAUAUUUGAUGCACAAUCCUAGUAUAGUUCCAUCUUUCUCCUCUUAACCUAAGGUGAACAAAAAGGGGGUAUUGCGCUACUGGUGUGAUCCCCUUGUGGGUUGAUGAAGAGAACUGCUAUAGUUCAGUGGUUUUCUGCCUUCCAGAAAAAGUUUCCGUAUUGAUCUGUCUGCUGCCUUACAGAAGAUUCUGGGACAUUGGAGGGUGUAUUGUCUGUUCCUGUGAGAAUCCAAACACACCUGUUAAGCUUCAUGGUUGCCCUGCAUAAAUGGAAUGCACCCUAGAUUUCGUGUUUUUCUCAAGCCCCCCCCCCGCAUUUUUGCCUGUAAGACCACCCCUCCUUCUGUUCCACAGCUUGUCAUGCAGAUAAUUUUGUUUAUACAAUAAUGUAUAUGCAGCCUGCUGCUGUGAGCAAAAAUCUGGAUGGGAGCCUUUAUCCAGCACUGAAUUCUGAUCUACAUAACAGGACAACGCAGUAGCUUUUUCAGACCAGGUUCGAAUGAUGAAGGAAGUGAGGGAGCAGAGACCCAACCCACAAAUCAGGGCUAUUCAGCUCACCUUUAUCUUGGAUGGUGGUGGAAAGGAGGUUUCACAUGCCUCAGGAUCUUACUAGUUCCUGAAAAUGUGAAUAUUCCUUCCAACUGUCCCAUAAUUUGAGCACCACUGCUCUGUUGCAGUAUAACACAAAAGGAAGAUUAGAAAUGCAGAUUAAGAUAUCUUUCAAGAAAUAUGCUUUGCUGAACUUGUUGAGAAAUGCUUCGAGAUUCCAAGAAUUCUUUGGGUUCCCUGAAACAUCAGUCAAAAUCACUGCUCUUGUCAGUUCUUUUUAGUAAGGCUUACAGUUCUCCAUACUGUAAUCAUGCUUAUCUAAUUGCAUGUCUAAGCCUGUAAUCUUAUGAUCACUUGGAAGUAAGCCUUAUUAGAUUCAGACUUGUUUCUCUGUAAAACGUACCUAGGACCAUACAUGUCAGAGUGAAAGUAGUCACACUCGUUUCUAAAUAACUUCAGUUAGACUUACCUUCAUUCGGGAGAAAAGGAAGAGCCAUUAUGUAUUGCUGUUUAUUCAUCAAUGGCCUUCUGGCAUUCACUAUAUAUUUUGAAGUAUCUACAGAUGAAUUAUUCCUUCAACCUUCAAAUUACAGUGAAUGUGAGCAUCUUAAUUUGUACAGUAUAUUUUGUGCCCUGGUUUUCAAGUUCCUGUAGACAACUGAGCUGGCAUACUACAAUAAAAUGAAUGCUGGAAUUCUGAAUGAAUUAGCUUUCUGCAUACCUGAAAAACAGCACAUAUUUUCCACUUAGCUUGCAGUUUCAGUAUCCAUAGGUUUUCAUAUGUGAUGUCAAAGAAAGAAAGAUACUUGCCCCAUGACAAACUUUCUUUUUAUGACUUCCCCACUAUACCUGCAUAUUCAUCUUCAUGUGGUUUUCUCAGUCUAUUUUCUUUUAGCCAGCAACUGGUGAAGAACUGAGUUUUAAGUUGCUCAUGUUUUUAUUGGCUAUAUUAUAUUCUAUAGUGAUCACCACUAUAAAGGCAAGCCAGAAACAAAUGGUUUAGCAACUUGUGCAACAUCAUUUUGCUUCAUCUGCAUAAUCUCAUGUUCUUGUACACACAAAUGCAACAUUGAGUGAGCUGCACGUUCGUGAUAGUUGCUCCAUAGCAAAUACCAUGAUUCUGGGGGAGUUUCUUCAUCCUCCUAAGAACAGUGUUGAGGAACCUUUCUCAUCCCAUGUGCCACAUGCCCUCAUGGACUGCCUUCCAUGGGCAAAACUCAAAAGAGGUUUCUACACAAACACCACCACCCAUGUUUUCACAGUUAAUGGCACCUUCCAGCCAGGCAAAAGUACCGAAGGAGGGCUAGACUGAGCUGGUGACAGGUAUGGCCUGGAGAGAAUCUUGAGGGUAUUCUAGAGAGGCCUGCAUCUGCCCCCUUGGCCUAAAAUUCUGCAUCCCUGCUUUAAGAGCAUGAAAAUUGCUUCUUUCCCAUGGCUGGGAUUGCCUAGGUCCCACAUUUGGGUAUAUGAGCACGUUUGCAGGAAUGCCAACAAAAUCUUGGAAGAAGCAUAGUUCCUGUUCCAAGUCGUAGCCUAUAUCUGAGAAUGCAUGCUUCUUCAGAACCAACGGUUGUAUUGCAAACAUGAAAUAAAUUUGAUCGCGUUGCUAUUUUGCAUGUUUUAAUAAUGUACAGUAUUUAUGUUUGGGGGAGUACCACUUAGAUGGGUGUAGAUGCCAAGCUACAGCUAGUAGGUGUUUAACCCUGCAAUAAUUCUACUGCUCUUGUUUAUUCCAAGAGGAAUACAUCUGUUUCAUAAUGAAAAUACUUUUCCUCAGAAAUAGUGGAAACAGUUUUACCUGGUUUCUAAUACUUAUGUAGGAUACAUUAAAUUCAUAUUUUCACCACCUUUACAGCUGCAAACUUUAAAUAACAUGAAAGCUGGAGUACUAAUUGUCCCAACAGCCCUGAAAUGCUAUCAGGCACUGAAUUUGGCUGGCGAAACAUUUGAUGCUCAUCCAGGCCUGGUGUCUGAGGUCCUCUAAGGGUAGCCAAUAGCAGAUCCUUAGCUAAGUUGGAAGGAGUAGGCUCAUGUGUUUUACUGAAAGGCAGAAGGCUUACGCAUUCCUUGCUUCUAAUCUGAUGUACAGGGAGGCAGCUACCAAGUUUAUUCCUAAGUAACUGAAAGCCUCCUCCUAAGCAGUGGCUAGAAUUGAAUAACCUCCCUCCAGUAAAACUUAGGGGAGCUAGAAAUUAGCAUUGAGCAAAUGCCAAAAAGUAUCAUUUGUGUGCACAGUUAAUCCUCUCUUUAGCAUACAUAAGGAUAGUUUUGUCCUUUGGGUUUCCUUGAACAGUUGGAUAUUAAAUAUGCUAUAGAGGGGGGAAACCUCCCCUGACAAAGUAAGUGUUUUGCACCCAACGUAAUUUUGUUGUUGACAGCAGCAGCAUCCUGUCUUGCAAAUAUUAGGUUGCAGAGGAGGAGCACCAAACUGUACAGUGGUUCCUCGCAAGACAAAAAACUCGCUAGACGAAAGGGGUUUUUGUUUUUUGAGCUGCUUCGCAAGACGGUUUUCCCUAUGGGCUUGCUUCGCAAGACGGAAACGUCUUGCAAGUUUGUUUCCUUUUUCUUAACACCGUUAAUACAGUUGCGACUUGACUUCGAGGAGCAACUCAUAGAACGCGGUGUGGUAGCCUUUUUUGAGGUUUUUAAAGACUUUGGUGAUUUUUGAAGCUUUUCCAAAACUUUCCCGACACCGUGCUUCGCAAGACGACAAAACUCGCGGAACGAAUUAAUUUCGUCUUGUGAGGCACCACUGUAUUAAUACCAAUCAUACCAUUACAAUUCUUUAAGAACUGAUUAAAUGGAUUUUCAUAGUCUUUGAAAUUAUUAGUAUGUCUAAGUCUUGCUUGAAUGUAGAACAAAUAAAAUGUAGAGGCAGCAUUCAAAUAGUUUUUAAGUAUGCACGUGCUUUGUUGCUGAAUAUUUCAGAGUUUUCUGGGAUUUUCCUACUUCUGUCCCAUCCCAGUCCUACUAAUUAGGCUUUCAGUUCCUUUUUUCAUUUGACCACUUUAAGUCAGGCUCAGCAUUUUACCCAUGUCUGGGGCUCAAAGUUGCUUUGCCAGUCUUUUCCUAGUAUCCCAAGUCCUGUUCAAACAAUCCUUAACUCUCCUUCGGUGCAUCACAGACACAGGUAUCUACACACCUCUUUAUUACAGAUUCACACAAAUUUACAUUUAUUAAUGGAACCAUAAAACUUGUAGCAAAUAAUACAGCCAGGUGUAAAUCACUUUAAAAUUCUUUUGAUUUAAAUUUGAGAGUUAAGCACAUGGUGACAAAUAAUUGCAUCUCUGAAGCAUACCUUUUAAUUACACCACACCCUGCAUUGGCAAUAGGAAGAUAGUUGCAUACACAGCAGAUUUUUUUAGUAACAACAAAGUCACUCCACUGUGAUGCUGAAGAUUGUUAAGAGCGUGCAUGCAAGCUACUGAUUUGAUUUCUCCACUGUGUACCACUUUGCUAACUGACCAGUUUGAAAAAGGGUGUGUGUGGUUUUUCAGUCAUGUUCAAGGAAUGCUUAUCUCAUUGGCCUUGCACAUGGACCAUGUUAACUACUCUUGUUAAAUUUGGAAAUUUGAUACAGCAAAGAGCACACAGUUACAUUUGUCCAUGAAUUUCACUUAGAUAACUGCCAGUAUUAUGUAGGGUUGUCAUAUUUCAAAAGGACACCCGUAAGUUGUUGAGUUUUUUUAAAAGGAAAUUAAGAUCCAGCACGAAGUGCCGCCUUUCAGAAAUUCCACGUAUGGCACCCCUAGAAUUACGGAACAGCUACCAACUAUUAGGCAAGAUUGGCAGUUUCAAAGUUUUUAGCUUUGUUAACUAAAUGCAAGUAAAGCAAAUUAUAUUAAAUCGCUGUCUGGGGUGAUCUUAGGUGCAGUAGUGCAUCCAGAGCUCAGAAACUGCUCACGCUAAUGAAAUUCCCUGUUGCAAAAUGCACCUAGAACAAUGGGAGUUUCAAAUACCGCCGUGAUUCUUGGACAGACAUCAGAGGAAGUGCAUUCCCUGUUCACAAUGAACUGCUGCAUUCAAAUCCCAAAGCGGAGGAAUAUUAAUCAGUGACUCCACCCAAGAUUGGGUGCAAAGUUGCCCUACGUGGCUUAUGGAAUAAUGCUGCAAGUUUUUAUUAAGGAACACUGCAAAGGUUUUUCCUGUUCUCCAUGGUUUUUCCUGUUGCUUUAAUUAGAAGUGUAUUCUUCAUAGAAGGGGCUACUGACAAAGUACAGUGGUGCCUCGCAAGACGAAAUUAAUUCGUUCUGCGAGUUUUGUCGUCUUGCGAUUUUUUUCGUCUUGCGAAGAACAGUGUCGGGAAAGUUUUGGAAAAGCUCAAAAAUCACCAAAGUCUUUAAAAACCUCAAAAAAGGCUACCACACUGCGUUCUAUGAGUUGCUCCUCGAAGUCAAGUCGCAACUGUAUUAACGGUGUUAAGAAAAAGGAAACAAACUUGCAAGACGUUUCCGUCUUGCGAAGCAAGCCCAUAGGGAAAACCGUCUUGCGAAGCAGCUCAAAAAACAAAAAACCCUUUCGUCUAGCGAGUUUUUUGUCUUGCGAGGCAUUCGUCUUGCGAGGUAUCACUGUACAUUUCCCUCACGUCCUGAAGUCAGGUACGAAUAAAGGGUGCACUACUGGACAUUUAUGGAUUUGAAUUGCAGUAGUAAAAUUACUGACAGAAUGACUUUAUGCUACCGUGGGUGACCUUGAUAAAAACAGGAGAAAAGCAUGUUUCACAAAGAGGGAUUGCAGUCUUAUCACUAAUAAUGUCUGCAAGCAAAACAGUAAUAGAUCACACACUGUUAAGAGCUUUGACAUCUAGAUAGCAGCUUCCCCUUGGCUGGCUUCCAGAGCAAUCCUAUGCUUGCUUACUUAGGAGUAAGUCCCAUUGAGUUCAUAGGGUCUUAGGUCCAAACAAGUGUGCUUGGGUUGCAUCCUCAGUUGUGUUAGAUUUAAACAGGACGUGGUUCAUAAGAGAAGAGAGGCACACAAGUGAGCAACUUCAGCAUCACAAUCAUACUGUGGAUAUUGUGGUCAGUAUUCAGAAUCUCCCAAGUGUGGAUAUUACUGGUCACAAAGGGUUACCAGCACAGUAUUUGAGUAACAAUGAAAGCAAAUUCACAGUAAACUGAAAUCUGGGAUGAAUGUAAUUAGAACCCAAACCUGUUCCUAACUGGCUAAUUCCCCCUCUCAUUUCCUGUCAACUGACCAAAGUUCCCACUGCCACCCAAUUAUCAUCUUAUGCCCUUUUCAGCCUCCCCCUCCCCUUCUAACAUUCUAUACUCCCAGUGGAUUUCCUUCCCCUACCCUCAAAGCUCAAACCCAAAAUAUGGUUCAUUACACCAGUUUUGGACUAUGCUGCCCUUGCUAGUCCCUGGCCUGCCUCCUGGACUGGCAGUGAUCAGCACAGAAACUGAUGCUGCCUGUGUGUGAUUUAUGGGUCUGUUUGUCAUUCAGAGAAAUCUCUGCCUGGAAACAAGAUUAAACAGCAUGUCAGAAGAGUAAUAAUGUGAUGAACACUCCUUUAGCUUGUAGUGUAUCACUGAAGGAGGAUGUGAAUGUUUCCACCUGUACUUUGAACCUUAGAGGUGGGGAAGUUUAAAGAGAAAUUAUUUAUGUUUAUUAUUUUCUAAUUCGUCCAUUAACCAGAAUGGCUAACUUCUCAUCAGGCUUGUAAUCCAGUCAUCUCAUGUGCUCUUGGCCGGAUUGAGACAGCAAUUCUAGGUCUUCAUUUUGCUUUUAAUAAUCAACAGUAUAAACUAGGACCAUGGUGCACCAUCAAGUACCUAUCAAAAUGAUGGCAGUGUGCUGCUAAUGAGUAACCACGCUAGGAUUAUAAAACUGAUUUAUGAAAGCCGGUUCCCAACAUUCUGUUCCACUUAAGUGUCACCAAGGGAUGAAUCCAGGUUCAAGGUGUGCAGAUAGGAACAAGCCUUAAUAAUAGUUGGGGAUACCAGCCCCCUAUCCUAAUGUUCUUGAAUGUACCCUGACCAUCUUCCACAUAAUAGCUAUUGUUCAUUCUACAGGGACAGGUAAAGUUCUGCCAUUGACAUCCUGUAGCACUGCUUAUUGCCCCUGAUAUUGGCUACAGCCAAGAAGAUGAUGGGGAGCAAUGUUUCUCCUGAGGUUCUGAGGGUAGGAUGGCUUUUCCAGUGCCUUCCCUCACAGGAGACAAGUGGGAGUGCGGGUGAAGCAAAGCUGAACAUUGUUUCUUUCCCCACCCAAAUCCAGAACACAACUCCUGGUUGGAGAUGGGGUAGUUUUUCCUCCUUGGCUUGCUUUGAUUGGUUAGUUUUCGUUUGGGGGAACGGCCAGGUUGGGAAAAGAUGUGUCUAGGGCAGUUGCCUCGGUGAUGAAUGGGAGAGGAAGAGUGGGGCUGGAAUUACUUAUCCUUCCCUGAUCCUCUUCCACUGGGUAGCCAAAGAGGAAAGUGGUGACUCUGUCAUACUUUAGCACAGGAAUGGGGAACCUGUGCCCCCCCCCCCCCAGUUUCCAACUCUUAUCUUUAUGUGCCCCCUUGCCCAGAUUGUCCGGAGUUUGGGCUGGGUUGUCAUCAAUAUGCUGAUGACACUCAGCUUUAUCUGUUGAUGGGCAGCCGCCAUGACUUGGCCCUGGACACACUGACCAGAUGCUUGGAAGCUAUGGCUGGAUGGCUGCGUGGGAGCCGGUUGAAGUUAAAUCCUUCGAAGACAGAGGUCCCCUGGCUGGGUUGGGGCGACAUAGGGUUGGGGGGCCAACUCCCAUCUCUUGCGGGGGCUCAAUUAGUGCCAGCGCCUUCUGUCAAGAGGUUGGGUGUAACCUUCGACGCCUCCCUUUCCAUAAAGGCGCAGGUUGCAGCCACAGCAAAGGUGGCAUUUUUCCAUCUCCGCCAUAUCAAGCAGUUGGUCCCUUACCUUUCUCGCCCUGAUCUGGCCACAUUGAUCGAUGUGACGGUCACCUCCAGGCUUGAUUAUUGUAACUCACUCUAUACAGGGUUGCCCUUGAAGCUGACCCAGAAACUCCAGUGGGUGCAGAAUGCUGCGGCGAGGCUCCUUAUAGGGUCCUUGCCGCAGGAUCACAUUCAUCCAAUGCUUUACCAGCUGCACUGGCUCCUGGUGGAGUACAGGGUCAGGUUUAAGGUGCUGGUUUUGACCUUUGAAGCCUUAUGCGGCCUAGGACCCUUGUACCUACGGGACCACCUCUCCUGGUAUGCCCCACGGAGGACCUUAAGGGUCCACAAAUAAUAACACUUUGGAGGUCCCGAGCCGCAAGGUGGUUAGAUUGUACUGGCCCCGACUUGAUGGAACGCUCUGUCACAAGAGACCAGGGCCUUGCAGGAUUUGACAUCUUUCUGCAGGGCCUGCAAGACGGAGCUGUUUCGACUGGCCUUUGGUUUGGACUCAGUCUGACCCUUAUGUUUCCCUCCCCUUUCUGGUUUUGAUUUAUGGGCUACUACUAAAAUGAGGAUGCAUUUAAAAUUUUAUUUUAACCCGUAUUUUAAUUAACUGUUUUUUCUUUUUCUUUUACGUUUUAUUGUAAUUUUAUUGGUGUUAGCUGCUCUGAGGCCGGUUCUGGCCAGGGAGGGCGGGGUAUAAAUAAAAUAUUAUUAUUAUUAUUAUUAUUAUUAUUAUUAUUAUUAUCAAACCCAGCCAGCAUGACCAAUUGUAGGGGUUAUGGGAGGAAUAGUCUGGCAAUAACUGGAAAGCCACAUUUUAAAAAAAAAAAAACCCUUUAUUUUAAUUUGAUAAUGCAUAUAUUACAUACAUACAAAUUACCAGGCACAUUGGGUUUUAAUUUCUUACCAGACUUUUAAUAGUUUGUGCAUAGAAGUUAUUUUUCCAAAAUGUUUGCCACAUCAGUUCUAAGAUGGCCACCUACAUCAGAUCCCUUCUUAAGUGCAUAAUCUCCCAGUUCUUCACUUGGCUGCUCUGUAACCAGCUCUUAAUUUUGGUUUCAAAUCCUAGCUAAGGAGUGAACCUUGUUUUAACCCAGAUAUAACACUGCAUUAUAUUUAAGGGCAACCUUGGAAACAACACUGAGCUUUUGAAUGUCAGGAGGAAGGCUUCGUCAAUGCCUUCUUACCUUUUGCAUUCCCUGCAGGCCAAAUCUGACAGGUGAGCAGGGCUGCUCACCUGGCAGUCACCUGACAUCACAGUUGUGUCAUCUAACCCAUUUUUCUUUGUUGGUGAGAUUUUAAAUCAAACUGGGCAAGGGCUUAGCACUUUGCAAGCACCAAGGAUCAGCUGAUGGUUUGUGCGUGCAAAGCUGUGUAUCUUUGCAAGCACUGCCAUGAUAGCUGUUCUUGCAAAGGCAGAAAGCUUUGCAGGCUCCAGCAAUCAGCCUGUCAUUGGCAUUUGCAAAAUGCUAUGCACUUGUGAGCACCACCGAUUAGGAGCAAACUCUGCUUUCAGCAAGGAGCCACAUUUCUACUUGACCCGUCCCUGAUGUCAAAUGUCGCCAGGAGGGCAUGGCUUCCUGGAAACAGUCUUGUUAGUCCAAUGGGGAGACCUGGCAGGUUCAAUUAAACCUUCAGGGGCCCCACACCUUGUUUAGAGACACAGAAAGAUCAUAUCUGCUGUGGGAAGUUGUCAACCACAGAAUGGCAACCCAGCUUCGUGGGUUGACAAUAGUUUUUCUUACUAAUAAUAAUAAUAAAAAAACAUAGCAUGGCUUACAUAGCAACCAGGAAGUAGACAAACUGAAGAUCAGAGAAUCCAGAGACACAGUAGCUGGAGGGAAAGGGCAGGGCAGAGCACAAGUGUAAUGGAAAAAGAGAUAAGGAAAGAGGGAUAGGAAAGAAGAAGGGUCUGAUAAAGUGAGAUCUGUGGGGAAAGCUAGCAUGGCCUACAGAAAUGAGGAUUUUAUAUUGUUGGCAGGAAGAGGAGAGGGGAGAGUGGUGAGCAGACAGGGAAGGCGAAGCAAGUGAGAGCUGAUAGAGGUAAGAUACCGGAGAAAGUAGGGGCCUAAGGAAACAGUUGGUGAUAAAACGAUAGUCAUCAGGGUGGGCAAGUAGGAGAUGCAUGUGAAGCAAACAACACAUAAGGCCUAGGGAAUUUUUACAGCCUUUGAGGCUCCAGUACCGUUUCCCUGCAUGGGAUGGAAAAGUAUGCUUUUGCCCAUCACAACAGAAAAACCACGUUGGUCUUAUUCUUCUAUGCAACUGUCAGAGGCACAGAGGCAUUCUCAGCGCAUGGAUCUUAAAACCCCAAAGGGGCAGCCAUCCUCUGACGCAGGGGAGACCAAGUGAGUGAGCAGAAUUUCACAGAUGUAGCUGAACUAUUUAUCAUUAGGAAAGAGAUUCAAAAAUAAAAAUCUGCACAUAUCCUAUACAAUUCUGGUUGCCACACCUCAAAAAGUGGAGCUGGAAAAGUUGCAUCACCUCAAAAUUUUGGAAGGGUCAAAUCCUGUGCCUCUUGUAUAAUGCCAACCUAGAAGUAUGAAAUAAUCUGAAAUGAAGUGAUGGCAACAAACAACUUCCCGGCAAUAUUUUUCCCUGCAUUUUUUUUCUCCCUCAUUAUCAGAGAAUUGGGGGGGAAAUAGCAGUAACAUAUUCCAAAAAUUUCAGAAGUAAAAUGUUCUACUGUUAAUGCACAUCAUGCAGUUAAAAGUGUGUUAAACAUAUUUCAGGGUUUCCUUUUCUCAUUAACAUUUUUAGAACUUGCCUUGCCCAAGAAUGUGUGGUUUCGAAAUUCAGUUCUUGCGUUACAAAGGUAAGAACCAUGUAUUUGACUCUGGUGAUCUGUCCUUAGUCUCUUGAUCCAAGUGCAAAUCAAAAUUUAUUUUAAUUUAAUUUAUGAAUUCACAGCCCACUUUUCAACCAACAUUCUUAAACAAAAUAUAAGAAUUCGAAAAUUAAAAAGUUAAAAAAUAAACCAUUAACAAAAUUACUGUUGCAAUUUCCUCUUCAGCACAAAUCAUAGUUUGCCAUGACAUCUAAAUUAGAAAACUAUUUAAACUAUGGUUUCCAUUUCUGGUUUGGAGGGAUUAAUGAAUCUACUAUCAUUGCAUGGACUUCCUAGUUUGCAUUAAAAGUGAGGCAGUAUGCAGGACAGGGGAGCAUGGUUUGGAGGUUUUCUGAAAAAAUCAGUGACAGCCUUUGCAAAAGAUAACCAGACAAGGAUUCAGAGUACAUAGGCAGACUUAGUGAAAGGAUACUCAGGGACUUAAAUAGCUUUUUCUGUUCUAAGCACUUCAUAGGGACGGAAGGUCAGGUUACACCAAGAGAAGGGUGGGCACAGGCAGGAAUACAUCCUUGUGGUGUUUUCAUAAUCCUUUGCAACCAUGAGGGCUGAAAACAUUUCUUAUAUGCUAGUUGAGUUUCUGAGAUUUAAACAAGAGAAUCAAAUAUUUCCUCAACCCAGUGGAUCAUGUUCCCAUUCACAGCCAGGUGGACUGGAGGUGGCCAUCUGUGUGAGAGCAAGUUGAAGGAGCAGACAUCAUUCAGGAAAGUAAAUCAAAUGCCUUAGUUUGUAUAUUAAUACUUGUGCGGCAGUCAUUUCACUUUUACAUUUCAGGUGCAGUGCUAAUACAAACACACAAAGUGAAAUUUAAAUUGUAUAAAGAAAGCUUUACGAUCUAUACAUUAGCCUAAGAGAUAGAUACAUGGGGGGGGCAUUCUCUUUCCCUUCAUAAAAGUUGUUUUUAUUUGAGGGACAUGUGCUUCAUUGUUCACAUAGGUGGAGCUUACAAUCAAAUACUAAGGUAGUAUCAAGAAACUAUAAUGCCGCCAGCAAUAUGCACUUUUUAAUGUACUUUUCAACAAAUUUCCUUGGUUAGCUGCUGAUCACCUCAAAUCUCAACACACUUUCAGCAAAAAUGCUUCUUGCUAACUGGUAGAGAUGUUUCUGACACCAUUUCUCCCUCGCAAGUUUGGUUUCACUUUUAUUUCAGGGGGAAACGCUCUUAACAUCUGGUUACAAGACCCACUCAUCUUUCCUACAAUGGCUAAUGUGCACAGUGAAAUUCUGGUGUUUGUAGUGGACUAAUGUACAUUCCAGCUAGAUCACAAACCUUUAGGUUUGCUAAAUAUUAAAAACUGUUCAUCAAAACCACUUCCUAUCUAAUCCUGUGGUUCAUAGAUCAUUCCAUUUAAUUUUGGGGUCCAUCAGAUAUUGCAUUAAGGUGGAUGCUGUGAAAGGAGGCAAGCGCUUGUUAGGGAUAGCCAACCAGUCAUAGAGAAUCAUCGUUUCAAUUGUAAAGUUCAGGCCAGAAAGUCUUGAGUUGGCAUUAGCUGUAACUCAGACUUUCCAGAUAUAUUUUUGCCAUGUAUGCUGUAAAGUAUUUUGGUACUUAACAUUACUUCAAUCUUUAUUAUGACCAGCCAUGUUAAGUGUUCUGCUUUUGGGGAAACAAUCUUAAACACACUUACUAGGGAGUAAACGUUGCUGGGUGUAUUUCUGAGUAAACGUGCAGAGUUGUGUUACAGCAGGAGCUGCCCAUCUUUUUUUAGGUGGGGGGGGGGGCGUGCUGUGAACUCAUCUGGUAACCUGAUAAACUUGGGUUCACCAAACACACAUACAACCUAACACAUUCACUCCCCAACCAUGACUCUGUAAAUGCCUCUUCCUCACUACAGUUAGGCUUAAAAGAAGCCUUCUGGUGUGGCCAAGAGAAGACUGCUUUCAAGCCUAAAUGUCUGUGUGUGAUGUUUUCAGCGGCUAGGAGUUGCAGCUGAAGAGGUGAGAGUUAACCCUUCCCCAGCUGUGACCAUCCCUGAAAUAGCCCCCCCCUCCUGCGCCACAAUUAGCUUUGAGAAAAGCCUUCUGUGGGCUAUAACAGAUGGCUCCCCUGCCAAUAUAUAUAUAUAUAUAUAUAUAUACACACAUCUGCACUGCGGCAAAGGACAGAGUGAGGGAGAAAGGCCUUGGCAGGUGUAUGUUCCCCCAUUGGAUGCUGGGCUGGCAGUCCCUGUGCUAUUGUUUGUACUUCCCGAUUAGUUUGCAUUAUUUGCGACAAGAACUGUAAUCCUUAUUACUUUAUGUCGAAAGUAACCAUUGUGUAAAUGAGAGGGAACUUGCAGCAUAGCAUAAGAUUUCUGGCAGAUAAUCGGGAAUUUAUUGUGCGGUACAAAUUCUGUAAUUGAAACUUAAGAGUGGAAUAUACAGAGAUACGGCAAGAAGUACACCUGCCCUGUAAUAGUAACGCAAAUCAUUACCAUUGUAGGUAA